AUGCCAUUGGUCCUGGUUGCAUACGCAGUUGUUAACACCCACUUACCCGCACUGGGCCCCGUGGUGGGUCAUAGGAUAGCCGAUUUAUUCUAUUCUAACCAUAAAGAAAGCCUGUGCUCCAGAAAUAGGGACGUGGACGGCAAAGCAAAAACGAUCCAAUCGUUUAAAUUCAUAUUUAAUUGGUUUUUGAAUCAUCAGUCUGAUCUCUGGCCGGACACCAGCGUGAAGGGGGAGACCGUGGUGGCCGCUCUGGUCAGACUAGAUGGGGAGAUUGCAAAGAGUGAGAAGGUUCAACCAGCGGCUAGGCUCGCUGUCAUCACGGCAGAGUUGGAGAGCAUACAACAGGAAAUAAAGACAUUCGAAGAAUCGACAAAUGCAUCUCCCACCGUUAGCAAAGAAACUUACGCAAAAACACUACAUCAGGAGAUGCGCCGACUGGAGCUGAGCUGGCUUCGAGUAAGAUACGCAGAAUUGCAGAAAGAACGUCGAGGACUUCAUGCGCAAAUUUUGCGCACACGUUCAUUAUAUGCGCAAUUGCAACAUCUUACUGGUAAAUGGAAAAAAGGCGAUCCCCAUUCUAUCCCAAACCGCGUAGAUUUAUUUCGAAUAUACAUCUCUUACAACAAAAAAAGGUGCUCGCGUGCACAGUGGUUAGCAUCAUGUGGUCAUCAAAAGCCGCCCUCGGUGACCAAAAAUUUACUCGAGUUCCUCUGUGCUUCAGAAGAGAGCAUAUGGAGUGAUAGUUCUCGUCCAGGUACACCUCUAGAGGAGAAACUCUCUCGUGCGUGCGCCCUCAGAGAUGCGUUGGCGUCAGUGAGUGCUAGACUUCGAGCCGCCGCAGAAUACGCCCACGCUGCUGCGCGCUUAGUAGAUGAUGCUAUGCCAGCUUGGAAAAUGACCGCAGUUGGAAAAAGUGGUUGGGACCGCACGCUCGCGAGUGCAGAUGCGUGCACGUUGUUGGUGCAGGCGCGUUGCCUCGAGCGAGGGGCGCGGCGCGUGUUGUCCGCCCCCGCCGCCCCCCGCGCCGCCAGGUCCCUGCGGCUGGCACUCGACUACGCGUUCACCGACAUCAUGCAUGAUCACAAGUAUAAGAGGGCAACUGAAACGUUUAUGCAGUUUAAAGAAGCUCUCGUACAACUUAUUAAUUCAAUACAUCAGGAAUGGCAGUUGCAUGCGAAAACAAUUGCAAAGGGUGUAAAAAAACCACUAAUAACAGUGGAAAUAUUCAUCAAUGGCAAAUCCGUAACUGUGCCCAACUACUUCACAAUCUUACAAGCUUUGCGCAGGGAACGUGUAACUAUACCAUCCUUCUGCUAUCACGAGCGUCUUUCUAUUGCUGGAAACUGCAGAAUGUGCCUUAUUGAAGUAGAAGGCAUGUUCAAACCUCAAAUAGCAUGCGCGAUGCCUGUUUCUAAAGGUAUGAAAAUAAGAACGAACUCAGAGGUAGCAUUGAGAGCUCAGGAAAGUGUAUUAGAGUUUUUACUUAUAAAUCAUCCAUUAGAUUGUCCCAUCUGUGACCAAGGUGGUGAAUGUGACCUGCAAGACUUAUCUAUGCGGUUUGGUAACGAUCGGUCAAGAUUUACUGAUGUACAUUUCAUGGGAAAACGAGCUGUCGAAGAUAAAAAUUUAGGUCCUCUAGUAAGAACAGAAAUGACCCGAUGCAUUCAUUGUACGAGAUGCAUCAGAUUCGGAAUGCAAGUCUGUGGCAUGGAUGUUUUAGGAACAGCGGGUAGAGGCACCGAUAUGCUCGUAGGUACUUAUGUCGAUAAGAUGUUUCUCUCGGAAUUGUCUGGCAACAUAAUAGAUUUAUGUCCAGUAGGCGCUUUAACCUCGAUUCCUUACAUGUUUAAAGCUAGACCAUGGGAAGUGAAAAGGACAAAUUCUAUUGAUGUCACAGAUGCCACUGGAACUAAUAUUGUGUUAAAUUAUAGGUAUGAUAGAUUACUUAGAGUUUUGCCAAGAGAACACGAAGAAAUUAACCAAGAAUGGCUGUCAGACAAGGGUCGUUGGGCAAUUGAUUCGUUAGAAAUGCAACGACUUGUCACACCGAUGCGUAGAAAUCAAGCAUGUUUGGUUACAACCGAAUGGGAUGUUAUCUUGAGAUUAGCUGGAAAAAUUAUUGCAUGCGCUAAGCCAGAAAGUGUUAUGGCAGUAGCGGGUCCUCACUGCAAUGUAGAAACUUUAGUAACUUGCAAAGAUUUUUUAAAUAUGCUUGGAUCAGAACAUACUUACAUUGAACGUGGACUGUAUCACACAAUAUCGGGUGGUGAUUUAAGAGCAGCAUAUUCUUUGAACAUAAAUAUGAAAGAUAUAGCUCAAGCUGAUAAAAUUUUGCUUAUUGGCACCAACCCAAGAUUUGAAGCCCCGGUAUUGAAUGCUAGAAUUCGUCAAGCUUAUAUGAACAAUGAAUGUGAUAUUUAUGUCAUUGGCCCUGAAUGCGAGUAUAACUAUCAUGUUAAUUAUUUAGGGUCAGAUCUUGGUUCAAUAUCAAAAGCUACACAAGCAUUAAGAGGUGCAAAGAACCCUCUAAUUUUUAUUGGGAUUGCUCAAGCGGAAACUGCACACGGUGGAAAUAUAUUAAAUAAACUAACACCGGUUAUAAAGUCAUUUUUAAAGGUACCACCUAAUUGGAAUAUUAUAAAUUUUAUAACUCGGGAGGCCAGUUUCGCUGGGGCUCUCGAAGCAGGCUGGAAAUGUGGAGGUCUAGAAGCUGUGCACACAUUAAAACCAACCGUAUUAAUUUCACUAGGAGCAGAUGAGAUCUUUUAUGAUUGGAAGCCACCUACAACUUGCACUGUUAUUUAUAUUGGAUUUCAAGGUGAUCGUGGCUCUGAAGUUGCUACAGCGAUUUUACCAGGCAGUGCAUAUACAGAAGCAGGUGGUAUAUUUCUUAACAUGGAGGGUCGAUCACAGUACGCUAUGCCUGCUGUGACUCCGCCGGGUAAAGCUCGUCACGACUGGAAAAUACUUCGUGCACUCGCUGAAUAUAGUGGCAUAUGUCUAUAUUAUUCUGAUCAUAAUUCGCUUUGCUGCAGACUUGCAGAAAUCAGUCCGAAUUUCACUAAUUUAGGAAAAUAUCAGGAGAAAGUUUUUUGCGACCUUAUUCCAUCUCUGGCAAAUGUUAGAAGUUGUGAUGUAGAGACUUUGGACGUGGAUAUGAAAGUUAUGAAAGAUUAUUAUUGUACCGAUGUUUUUACAUAUAAUUCGCCUACAAUGAUCAAGACACAGAAAGCUGCGACUCAAUUCGCUACGUCAUCUUAUGCCGCUAUAUAG